AUGAUAUCUUCAUUCCUGUCGUACGACGAAGAGCUUCUGAACAGCGCCUACGCGAACGUAAGUCUAAUCGCCGACAAAGCUUGGACCUUCGACAAGGAGGAUCCGUUUCAAAAACUAAAUCAAUCCCUGUCGAUUCAGAAUUACAAAUUGACCGCAAAGUACAGAGAGAACGGUACCUAUCGAACGAAAAGCGUUCGCGAUGUUAUCCCUAACUCCCGUUUGGCCAGCUAUGGCAAUUACGAGUACAACGAGGACCGGGAAAGCGUGUACAAGUCGGACGACAAUUCGUCAGCUGUCUCGCUGCCGAAUUUCUGCUGGACGGAAGUUACCGAACCGUGGAUGCUACCGGAGGUCGAGAAACACUUCGCCUGGCUAACUUCCGGUGGAGUUGCGCGAUCGAGUCGUGAACUGUUAGCUCUUACACUUAAACGUUGCCAAAAUGAUUCGCUAUUUGACUCGAGAUCACGCUGUUUCGUCGUUCUAUGUUAA